GUAUUGCUCACAGUCACACUCAGUGGUCAGUGGUGGAGCUAAAAGAGUUCAAUCGAAACCUUCUUUUGGAAAAUGAUAAGCUAGCAAAUCCUUUUUUAUAUAUAUACAUAUGAACUAUUGAAACCCUUCGUAGGAAGAAUGUAGCAAUUUUGCAUGUUUUAAUUCCCAAGUCAGGUGUAGAUAUGGCGGGGAGUCUGGUAGGAGGUGCUGCUUUGGGACCAGUGUUUGAUAUAUUCCUCAAGUCCGUUAUAGAUGUUGGCGUAAGAGUUGCCACUUUCCGAUCCAAGAUGAACCACUUGAAAAUGACUCUUGAAUAUAUCAAGCCUGUAUUUGAGGACAUAGAGAAUCUGAACAGGAAGUUGGAAGGCCGAGAUCAAGAAAUAGAACUGCUCAAGAAGCAGUUGCAGGACGGGGAGAAGCUCGUGCUCAAGUGCUCCAAAGCUAAAUCUUACGACAUGGUGAAAAAAUGGCACUACUCUAGGAAACUGACCAAGUUGGAAAACUCACUCCUGCAGUUUUUUCAAAUGCACGGGCUUCUUUGUGGGUGGAGAGACAGUAAACGUAGUCUUGGGAUGACUGUUGAAAAUAGUCAAAAAUUGGAUAAAAUCUGCUCUUUCUUUGAAGAAUCAUCGCUGAAUGCAGGGAGUUCAAGAGGAUUUUCAGGAUGGUCUGAUGUACCUGAAUUUAUAGUUCUGGACUUUUUCGUUGGAUUACAAGUGCCCCUUCAAGAACUAAAGUUAAUGCUGCUAAAGAGGAUAUUGAUCCUGUGCUAGUCAUUUCUGCUUCUGCUGGCUGUGGGAAGACUACUUUAGCAUCUAAGCUUUGUCAAGAUGAAGAUAUCAAAGGUCAUUAGAAGUUGUAGUGGUUUUCCGCUGGCGCUUAAAGUUGUUGGCGGAUCACUGUAUGGCCAGCCUGACGCGAUAUGGAUAAAAAGAGUAAAGAUGCAGCCUAAAAGGAAUAUACUAUUUGCUACUGAGAAUGAUCUAUUUUGUUCCUUAGAAGUGAGCAUAUAGAAGAAGAGCAACAAUUAGGGACAAGCAUGUUCUGUCGCUAAUUAUUUCUUUACCUAUUUCCGGCCAUUAUAUCGUCCUUCUCCACUUCCUCGAUUCUGUUGGCAAGAAUUAGUUAAUUUGAUGAGGAAAGAGCAAUGGCACAUCAUUCAGCAGAAAAUUCCAUUUGCUAACUUCUUUGUGUAUCUAGUUUCGGCACUUACCAAAUUACAGAUAUCUACUAUUACUCUUAGUUGAAUAGGUUCUUGAUCUAAUAGUAUAAUUAUCAAAUUCAUUAUGUUUUACAGAAAAGAUGCACCUGCCUGUCUUGGAUUGUAUAAUGUGCACUACAUCACACAGCAUGAUCUGCUGAGAGAGUUGGCCAUCCACCGGUGUGAUGAGAAGCCAGUUGAAGAGAGAAGGAGACUAUAUGUCAACAUUAAGGGGAAUGACUUUCCCAAGUGGUGGUUUGACCAGAGACUGCAACCAGUACAGGCUCGGCUUUUGUCUAUAUUCACAGAGGAGACCUUCUCCAUUGACUGGUACGACAUGCAAUUUCCGUAUGCUGAAGUGCUAGUUUUGAACUUUCAAACAACGGUCUGCACCUACAAAUUACCCCAAUUUAUGGAGAAAAUGAGCCAAUUGAAAGCUCUGAUUGUGACAAACAAUGGCUUCUCCCUAGCUGAAUUAAGUAACUUUUCAGUGCUUUGCUCUUCGCCCAAUCUGAACAGAAUCAAUUUGGAGCGCAUCUCUAUUGCAUCCAUAUUUACAGGCAACCUUCAGCUCACAAAUUUGCGGAAAAUAUCCUUGAUCAUGUGUGAGGUUGGGAAGGCAUUUUCAAAUUCAGUUGUUAAGAUGUCUUCAAUGUGGCCAAAUCUUGUAGAGAUGAGUUUGGAGUACUGCAAUGACUUAGUAAUACUACCUGCUGAUAUAUGUGAUCUUGUUCAUUUAAAGAAGCUCAGCAUUUGUUAUUGUCAAGAACUAAUUGCACUUCCUGAAGAAGUUGGAAAGUUGGAAAAUUUGGAAAUACUAAGGGUUCAAUCUUGUACAAAAUUAACCGAGCUACCAGAGUCCAUUGUGAAACAUCAGAGGUUGUGUUUUCUUGAUGUAUAUGAUUGUGUAGAUAUGGAUUCCAUGCCAAUGGAAAUAGGUCAAUUGUCUGUUAGUCCCGCCAAUAUUGCUGUAUUUAUAAAUAAUAAUUCUGGAAAAUAUAAGCUUCUUUACAGAAUCUGCAUGGGAAGUCGGCUGGGGUUCGAUGAGCUUCCCCGUUCUGUGAUAAAUCUAGUGAAGUUGGAGCAUGUCAUAUGUGAUGAAGAAACUGCCUUGUUAUGGGAACAGUACAAGGGAUGCCUGAGAAAUCUGAGAAUCAAUGUGCUAAAGGAGGAUAUCAACUUGAAUUUAAUUUGCUGCAUAAAUCAUCAUUUAAUCUGAUGUAACAUUGUUUAAACGGCUCACUUUUGCUUGCUUUUGUUCUACUGGAUAGUUGUGUAUCUG